CAUCACACCAUCCCACACCUUUAAACCCAAGAACCUCUCUAUUCCCCUCUCACCUUCAAUCCAAUUCACAAACCAACUCACCAAAAUCUUUCACUUUCUCUGCUUUUCCUCUGUUUUCCUCUGUUCCUCCUCUGUUUUUCUCUCAUUAUCACUCAUAGAAAUGGAGGGUCUUAUUCCAUUUGUUUACAAGGCUAUAAUUCAAUACAAGAAUGGGAAACAAGGGCCUAUUGGUUCAUGGCUUUGUGAGUCACCUUCCUACUCAUACAUGAAACUUCCCGGCGAUUCGGGUCGGUUUCAAACCUCUGCUUCAUCUCUGUUUAGUUCAGAUCGUGGAUUCUCUGUUUCUUCACCAUCUUCCAAAGCUACAACUUCUUCAACCCAAAUCAUAGUUUCUUCCGGGAUUCAAUCUCCAAACCGUCGCUCGAGUUCUCCUAGCGUUUCAACGUGAUAUCUAGACCAACGUGGUAUGGUACAUGAAUGUGAUUACUACUUGUAUUGUUAAGUGUUCAAGUUUGUGUUUUCAAAUGGUUUAAGUUGGUUUAAGUUUGGGGUGUAGUUGGAACUUGCAAGCAUGUGGAUAACCAAAGGAGUCCUUUGCUUGCAUUGGUUUAUUGUGCAAUUGUAAAUAUUUGGUAUGACACUUAUGAAGAUGUGUGUGUUUCAUGGCCAAAGGGUCAUUUAUAUUAUGAAAUUGAAAUGAAUGUGUUUCUUGGCCUAAGGGGUCAUGAAAACUAUGAACGUGUACAAUAAUUAGAUUGCAAUUGUUUGUUUGUUUGUUUGUUUUA